UCGUGUUUUGGGUGGCGUUCCGGCGAGGUUGUACGGUGAAAAUUUGCGAGUCGGUAUUCAUGCCGUGUCCUGUGGCGGUAGUGGCUAGUUUGUGCUGAUGAAUGGGAGAAUAGUUUGUUACUCGCUGCACUGCAGCUUAGCUGAUUGCUUGCUGUGUGAAUAGCGUACCGGAAGUUUUGUCUGUCUACUUAGCCACGCACGAGGGAAUUGCUCCAGUAGUGGCGGGGAUGAAACAGAAACGGGAAAAUAAUCUGGCACUGUGAAAGUAUUGGCUUCAGGUUAUAUAUUUGCUAUUGUGUGAAACAGUAGUCUAAGCGAUUGAGUGCGGAAAAGCAGAAGCACUCGAAGCAAGCAAUGGUUUUAUGCUUACUUAUGGCAGCAUGUUUUGCAUCAGGGUGUUAAAUUUUAUGAAACUUUUAAGAUGACGAUCAGCAUUAUUUUUCCGGGCACUCAAAUUUAUUUCAUUUCUGUUGAAAUUUUUAUUAGGUGUAGCACCAUCCGUAGGUUUCACAUGUAAGUACUUUGCCAACCAGGAAAAAAAAGUCAACCAAGUGCGAUUUUUUUACCAGUACAUACAUAUAUCAUCGCUGGAGCGCAACAGUUAGCAUCCUCUGUGGCAUUGUGCGGUGGUAUAUCCUUAUUGCCAACACAGCAGAAGAAAAUAAAUAGAAAUACCUCCAAAGUGAACGCAGCCAGGUUUAAGUGCCAAUUGUUUCUGCUGUUGAUAUUUUCCUUUCUUGUUGCUCGAAACAAGUAAUGGAAAAUCCCAACUCAUCACAUCCGCUGGACUCGCCGGUUCCGCCGUCUUACCGCCCUGUUCGAUGGUCUUCGUCAUCUGCGUCGUUACCGUCAACUGCUGGCACCGGUGCCAGUAGAGACAGUCCAACGGUAUCACACCAGACUACUCAUCAUCAGCAGCAGCAGAAGCAGCAGCAGCAGCAGCAGGUAUCGCUGUCCCCCAGACGCCGGGCACGCCUGCAGCGCUCCGAACGGCUGCAGUCGGAUAAUUCUUCGUCCUCACCUUCAAGCUAUUCAGCGUGGGAAACUUUGAUUAGAGAUAGCUUCGGUCAGAUCGCUUGGCCAAUUAGGAUCACCAGCUGGGAACUGACUAGCAGUAGCAGUAGCGGCACUACCAGCACCUCCGCCACUGAGCUCAUAUCGAGGAGGGGCGUUUUUUCCCGGCGGCACUAUGGAUCCGUGGAUCAGCUUCCACAAUCAGAAAUCGACGGGCUGGACCCGAAUUGUCGACGGUUUCGGUUGGAAAAUGGUGAAUCGUUAGCGGAGAAAGAUGAGGUGUUUGGAUCACCCAGCAUACCAAUCUUGGAAAACCCGGAGCAUCAAACGAGAUGGUAUUUCAAGUAUUUCCUAGGAAAAAUUCACCAGAACUACGUGGGGAUGGAUGCGGAGAAAAAUCCAUACUUUCUGUCGAUUGUAUCACAGGACUCCGGCAGCAAAUGUAUGCCGCUGUACCGGGUGAUGUUGUUUCGGAAGCAGGGUGCCCAGAAGCUUGCAUUAUCGUACAACCCACAGCAGAAGCUAACGGUCAAGCAGAUCCUAUCGAACUUUGCCCUGAUGGAUGCCAGCAAAUCCCCGAAGGAAGUUUUCUCGGCCGAUAUACAGAAGGACCUGCUACUGCUGGAGGAACAGGAAGGUUCGGUCAAUUUCAAAUUUGGCGUAGUCUACAUGAAGGCCGGUCAAAAGUUGGACGAUGAAAUGCUGAGCAAUGAACACGGCAGUUCCGAUUUUGAUGAGUUCCUGGAACUUCUAGGGGAAAAAAUUCGCCUCAAGGACUGGGAACGGUAUCGAGGUGGACUGGAUAUAAAAGGUGACAUGACGGGAAAGCUCUCGGUCUACACGCUGUACGAAGGCCACGAGAUUAUGUUUCACGUUUCCACGCUGCUCCCGUUCAGUCGUGAUAACCGGCAGCAGGUUGAGCGUAAGCGGCACAUCGGGAACGACAUUGUAAACAUCAUCUUCGUCGACGAGAACACCAACGGCGAAGAAACCGAAUUCAACCCGAACAACAUCAAAAGUCAAUUUACACAUGUGUUUGCGGUCGUUACUAAGCGAAGUAGAAAAUAUCGGCUCUCGGUGUACUGUGAUGAGACUGUCCCGCCAUUCGGACCAACCUUACCAAAUCCUCCAGAGUUCGAGGAUCCUGCCAUUUUCCGGGACUUUUUGCUAGUCAAACUGAUAAAUGGAGAAAAGGCCACCUUCCAGACGCCCACAUUCUCAAGGAAGCGCGAACGGACGCUUGAGAUGCUGAUCAAAGACCUUUACGAGGAGUACGUGCAUGACAAUAAAAUGACUAUGCUAAACCGGCGAGCUUUCUCGGAGGUACUGUACGAUGCUCCGAGAGCUUCCAAGCUGAAGGAAGAUGCCCGUCAGGUUGAGUUCGUGCGGAUCGGUCAGGCACUCAAGCUGGAAGCUAUUGUCCGUGGGGACGCUCCGACCAGCAUAGCGUCGGCGGGAACCGUGUUCAAACGACCACCGUGGGAGCCCCAGUGUUUCUAUCCGACCUUCCAACCACGCAACGAUCUGGUCGGUGACAGCUGGGGCCAGGACCAGCUGUUUCUGGCUUCUGACGAAGGUACAUAUCUGAUUAAGGAGGACCAAACGCACCGGAUCGUGUUUGACAAGACGCUUUGCGUGAAGCAGCUCAGUGUUGUUGAAGAUCACGGAAUCCUACUGCUACGGGGAGGGUCUACGAUGCAGAAAGAUGGCCACCGGGUUCAUGUGUUCAGACUGAAUGAAUUUGCGGACGAUAAGUUGGGGCAGCGAUCGAGAAUCGAUGUCAAAGAUCGAAGAAUCGACAAAACGCGGGGCUGUCAUUUGUAUGCGAUUUCAAGAGCCGGCGAAGCUCACCUCCGAAUGGCGGUAGCAGUUGGCCGGAAGCUUUUGAUUUUCCAGUGGAAACACACGGCGGCCUGGACUUCGUGGUGUCCCAACAGCGACAACGACACGGUGGAUGGUUUCAUCUUUCUGAAGGAAAUCACCCUCCACGAACUACCCUCGAUAAUGACCAUACUGGAAGGCGCUUGCCCUAACUCGGGUCUGCUGAUAUGCGUCGGAUUCAGGAACUGUUUCGAAAUAGUUUCGGAGCUCAGUGGACAUUCGACAAAGUUGCACGAAGCGGACAGCAGGAAACAAACCACCAUCCAUUUGGUGGCGGCAUUGGAUUUGUACGAUGGACAGGAUACCGAGCUGCUACUGUGCUACAAUCAUACGUGUCACUUCCAAAAACUUUCGGAUGAAACCACCAACAGCACUGAAUUUGAUUUCCAGUUCAACACACCGCCAACGUCGGUAGUUUGUGCGUUUCCGUACAUCAUAGCAUUUACACCGGAUUCGAUGGAAAUUCGAUUACUCGUGAAUGGCAACCUGGUCCACACGGUUAUGAUGGCCGAGCUACAGCUGAUCACGGCAAAGAAAGACAUUUACUUCGUUACGACUGCUCCGGAAUUUAUCCCGAAAGGUGCCAAACUACGCGGUCCCGAUUCCGAGGACCAUGAACUGAUAAAGCCACGAAUCGAAGAGAGUAAAGUUGCACAGGACGAUGGCAGCAACGCCAGCCCCUCCAGAAGUCGCCUAAGCUCCGAUGAAGAUAACAAUGGAGCACAAAGUACCGAGAAUCAGGACAGUGGAUCAAUCGAUAGCAAGACUUCUGCCCUUUCGACUCCACAAAUACAGCGAGCAAAGUCACUACAAAGCUCAAAACCAGAUCCGGAGAAAACCAAAGAAACCACUCUAUCCGUAGACGAUCUGAAAAGAACGAUAUCCAAAAGUAAUUCAUACGGCGAGGCAGGUUAUUCGUUUUCGAUACCAACGACUACGUGCAGCAAGGAUCUUGCCAAACAUUUUGGAGCUCAACCACAACCGAACACUAAAAAUCUUUGCAAACAUUUCGGAGAGGCUUCCGUUCCUCCAAAUUCACCCCAAAACAGCACCAUUGUUAAAGGUAGUUCACCGAGCUCACCAACCAGAAAAUCCUUUAUCCGACAGCCAACACUAAAUCUUAGUAAAUCUCAGCCAAACGAUGGAGAGACGUCUCCUUCGAACGGAAGCUCCAACAAACCGCUACGAAUUUAUCGCAUUCCAUUGACUAACCUAACUGGGACCCAUGUCCAAUCGCACCAUUAUCAUUAUCCAAGCACGGAUACUUCCAAAAAACCGACGGCAAUCGCCACCAAGAUGCAACAGGCCGCAGCAUCCAUCGAGACGAAAGUGCUUACUUCGUCGAAUGAGGAAGACGAAGCAUCGAUCGAGCAAACCGGUUCCGAUGAGGAUGAGAAGAAAUCGAAGAAAAGCGUCUUCGAUCAAAUUCAGCAGGACCUGCAUGAACUGAGCAUGAAGGACAAGACGGAACCGUCGGAUGAUUUGGCUAGUUCGUUUCUUACCCCACUGUAGAAGAACCGGAAGCAGUAGUGCGAACGGUUGACAACACUGACUUUCUACAUCAGCUCAGACUCUUGCAGCCCUCCAAAUGAAAUCAACUAUCGUGCCGCUUUAUAUCAAAGCUUGUUACAUAUAGCAAAGAAAAAGCUCUAUCGCUAGCAAAGUGUUACGUUAUGAGAAAAAGUGUUUAGGAGUAAAAAGGUUUCAAUAUUGGUGACGAUUUUUUCCUGGAAAUUUAUCCGGUUUAUAUUAGCCAAUAAAUAGUUUGCUGCCAAAGAGCUACCGUUUGGGAUUUAGUUUCAGGGUUGAAAUCCAAUUUUUGUUGAUGCAGAGUAGGUGUAAUUCUGUUGACAGUUCUAUCAGAUAUAAGAAGAUACUAGAAGUGCAUGGCUUUGCCAAGUCACUAACUUUGACUCACAAUUGUUUGACCGACAUGUAUUUAGAAAAAAAAAUCCUUACUAUAGCUCCCAAAACUAAUCUAUAGAACUAAAAUAUUUUAUUCCUUAAGGAAUAGUGAUUUUUGAACCCUGAAACUAGAGUGAGAAAAGCUCUUGUUGAAAAUCUACGGUUUAGUAUGACUAACCGUUAGAAGUUUAUUUUCAGAACGCAAUAAACAGGAUUAUCAGGGGAUCAAGGGUAUGAGACACGUAUCAAAUGAAAAAAAAAAACAGUGAUAAUGUAGCACUUUUUUUCAAGCAAACAACCAUAGUUGAAUACGGCAUGGAGAGUUCCGUAGGUAAAGUUACAGCUGAUUGAACAUUCGAUAGUUGAUGGAUAGAAGAGAUGCAUUUUCUUUAGCUUCAUUUUGUUUUUUUAUAUACAUUUUACGAAGAACUAGGGUAACGGUACCCCAUUCAUUCAAAUACGAAGACCAUUAGUUAGAGUCAGGCGCGAACUCAGAAAAAAAUUUCCGGAGAUAUUUUCAUAAUAAAGGGGAGACCGGGGCUAAAACGGACACUAUUUGGAAAUUGAAAAAAAACAUCAUUAAAACUGGGUUGUUACCCAAGACAUCUCUACCGUGUCAUCUCCAAACACGUUUACAAAGUCAAUCCAUGAAUCGAAAUAAUAGCAGGUUCAUAAGAUAUUUUAGCUUUUUAGAGUAUUAUUCAAAGUGAUUUUCAAGUAAUUAUCCACAUUUGAAAUUUCACACGUCACAAUUUAAGCCGCCUUCAAAAUUUAUUGUCUAACUCAAAGGCAAUUCACACUUUCAAAUGAACAAAUGUUCCACGUUCUUUAAGCUGUGAGGAUGUUCACGCAAAACUUAUUCUGUACUUCAAACAACGUUUUCCUAUUGUGGAAUUUGACCUUGCAUUGCGAUUCACUUACAUUCACAAUUCAAAACAUGUAAAGAUAAAUCAUAUCUUUAACUUCACAGUUAAUUUAGCUGAAUCUUACAUCGAUACAGACGCAAAAUUUAUUUUUACAUGUUAGUAGAUGUAAUAUUGUGCCAUCACCGAAGAAAUUACGGCAUGCUUGAAUUCAGGUCAAGCGUAAAUUUCAUUUUUUCUAAGAGUGUAAGAAUGCUCCCAGGUCGGGGCUCGAACAUACGACAACUGGCUUGUAAAACCAACAUCCUAUGCAUUGAACCACCAACCCGGGCUAAUAAGUCAUCAGAAGUUAACGUGGAGUUGCAGGACAGAAGAAUUGCUUUGCGUAGGUGAUUUUCAGUCAACAAAUAUUUAUAUAUUUAUUCCAUUUACUCGAAUAAAUAUGUGAACACUGAAAUAAAACUAAUUAUGCCGGUCUCAAAAGAUAUAAAUUAACACGUACACACUUAGAAUAAUCGUGUAAAUUCACAUCACUACUUUUUACAGUUAUUUCUAACACAUUUAAAUUUAUUUAAAUGAUUUAAAUUAUUCUUGUAAAAUUCAUUUAUUGUACGACUUACGUUCUAAUGAGUCGUAUGUGAAUUUGCGUCAUCAGUAAAUUUCAAAAUUUUUUGCAGAGUAGCAUUUUAAAGCAUAAACAGCGCCGAAUGACGCCACCGUAACUGUCACAGUUGAUUAUUUCGACCGUCCCACGACAAAAGGGCCUAACUGCAAAUGACAGUUUCUCUUUGUUUAUUUUUUCUUUUACGAUUUACCGAACAGAUUUUAUAUUUGACGCUUUACUCUUCGCAAAACUUUCAAGGUAAAACUACAAGCUUUCGAUUUACAUUGGAAACUUUAGAGAAUCUGCAAUAAUGGCUUCGUAAUAAUCAAAAGAGAAAGUAAACAAAGAGAGGCUCUCAUUUGCAGUUAGGCCCUUUUGUCGUGGGACUAUCGAUUUGAAUCUUGGCAAAAAAAUGCCGAGAUUUGCACAGCCAAACGAUCGGUGAUCUUCUCGGCAAAAUAAUAAUUACUGAGAAUCUCGGCAAUACCAAAUUUGUUAACUGUCAAUUAUUACUGGACUUGUCAGCAGCAAUUUUGCAGUUAGCUCGGUAAAAUCGAUUAUGAUCGAAUAAUGAAUUGCCGAGUCAUCAGUAAUCGAACGUAGAAAGGAUUUUUCUUUAUUAUUGUAUUAAAUAAAUAUAACAAAAGCUAAGGUUGGGGAAAGGGGGUGUUUUAUUAAGGGUUGAGGACAGUACCGUAAAGUGGAAGGUUUUUUGCAAUUUUCUCAUUUCAAAUUAAAUUUUCUUGGAAACGGUGCAGAAUAUAGAAAAACCCACCUGAUGAUGUCUUCGAAAUUUAGUUGAGAAUAUUCUGUGAAAUUUUCAGAAUAAAUCAUUGAGUUUAGCGGUCGUGUUGUAUUAUUUUCUGACUGAAGAACUGCUGAAAAUUGGAACGCUCAGAAAUGCAUACUUCUACUUGUUCAUCGAAUAUCUCGGCUUUGAAGGUUUGUAUCAUAAAUCUACCUUGACAAAGUCUAGAUAAUUUAGUUUAGAUGCGAAUAGUACAUAAAAACAUAUAUGUUAUCGCGAUAAAAAUAAAGUCUUAUAUUUUUCUGUGAAACAUAGUCAGUUUCAAUGCAUCCGCCAUUUUUUUUACUUUGGUUUCCUGAUAGCAUUCUGAAAAAGGAGAGAGAAAUAAAAUUGGCUCGACAAGGCUGCCAAACACACAGACAUUCUAUCUUUGUGAAAGUUGAAUAUUGUUUCAUUGUUAAUUGGAAUCCAUGUAAUGUCCAACCCAUACGAUAGAUUUAUGUGAUAAAACUUCUCAUCAAAAUAAUAAAAUGUAUGCUGGCAACCCGGUACAGUUUGCUCAUAUACGAGAGAUUACAAGAGAAAUACGAUGCGCAAAGGGAAUUGAGCGAGCCACGUGGUCGAUUUAAAACUCAACACGCGACCCUCUGUCCUCAGACCUCAUUUAAAUGCAGUGUGCAAAAAAGCAAAGCUAACCUCAAAAGAAAACAUCACGGUUUACAGACAAUUAUUUCCAGUGCUCUUCAACGCAUCUACCUGGAAAUAAGAUGACUUUUUAAAGUAUAUAUGAUCUCUUAGUUUCAUCCAAUAUAUAUUAUUUUCCCGCUCCACCAGCAAUGGCUACGUGUAGGGAUGUCGGAAAUUUCGAAUUACUCGAUUAUUUAAUAAACGAGUAUAAUUUUUAAACCAAUCGAUUGAAAUUUAUUCGAUUAGCUGGGUUAUUAAUCAAUUACUCGAUUAUUCAUUUCAUUAUUACUAUGGAUUUUUUUUAAUUAUUCGAUUAGCUCAAUAAUCGAAUGAUAGUUUGAAGCUAAUCGAUUAAAUAUUACUCGAUUAUCUAGGUAAUUAAUGGAUUACUCGAUUAAUCGAUCGAUAUUACGACAUCACUAGUUACGUGGUGUUUUGCACAUUCGACAAGAGACAUUAAACUACAAGUGUUUCACCGAGUUUCAGUAGAAGCUAACACACUGUUCGAAAUCUCGGCAAACGGAUUUGCUGAUAUCGGUAUAUUUGUUGUUUACUGACAAGCUCAGCUUAACGAAUUUUGGAAAAGAGCAUAUGGAUUACUGAACAAUCAGCAAAAUGUCGUGUUGCCGAUUUAAUUCGUUAUUUCAUUAUGCCGAACUCAAGAAUCUAUUUUAAGUGUGCACGCCGUUUCACCGCCUCGGUCGCUCAAAAAAUGGUCCAGAAAAGCUAAUUCAAUAUUUUGGAUCAGCACAUAGAUCUAGUUGAAGUAGAAACAAAGAUCUUUUAUUUGUUCUUGUCCAAUGUCGUGAAUACAAGAAAGGGGUUUAUGAAAUUUAUCAUUCACUGAUUGAUCACUCGGUUCCAUAAUAAAAAUAGGUCCGAUUUGGAUCAUACUUUAUCCUGAUUCAUCAAAUAUUGCUGAUUUUCAAAUGAUCGUUGAAUAAAUAUGACAUGUGGAUGCUUCCUUGCGGUAUAAGGACCCACGGGUAAGACUAAAACAUAACUGCACUUUUGUUGAAGCUCUCAACUCAGUGAGCACGUCAUGUCGUGUUAGUGCAGUUAAAAUUAGAGCAUUUCGCAAGAGAGAAAAAUAUUUUAUUCGUAAUGCAGCGUCAUUAGGAGGAAAUCAUGAAAUAUCGAGAAAUAACUGACAAUAUAGCGUACACACUUAGAAAAUAUUGCAGAAUUCGGUAAUUUUCUACCGAAUUUUCAACAGCUGAACGUUCGGUAAUCAGUUCGGUGAUUGAAUUGAUUACCAAUCGUUCGGUAAUUGCUGAACUGUCAAACAACUACCGUAAACUGUAAACCAAAUGGAUCUAACUGAUUAUUUGUUGAUUUUUUGUUUGUUUGUUUUCCUUUGGUUAAAAUUCUGGAUUUUCGGAUUUCAAAAAACAACACAAAUUUACAAAAACGAACGAAGAAAAUUCCAACCUGUUGUGGCUAUGGCUUCAUUCCACGAAAAAUAGGGUUAAGUGUUCCGGCUGAUCGGUAUUAUGAGCGCCUUCCAAAAACAUUGCACAAUCCGUCGAGUUCACCAGAAAUUACCCUCGAACGAUUUGUGUAGGAAGCAAGUGGACAAGUGAUACAAAAUUAUUUUCUGCCUAUAAGUAAACAAAAAGCCUUUAGUGGUUGAACUCUUCAAGAUUUUUUUCGUUUGGUUAAUAAAAAGACAAUUUUAAUUUUAUAACUGUUUGACAGUUAGUUUCACGACAAUCAGUUUUCACAGAAGUUCGGUUUCUGGAAGAUAAUUUUACCAUACGGACAGUAUGGUUUUUACCGUACUCGGCGACUAUUCAGAUUUACCGUAUGAAUUGUAUAUCUAUUUACAAAAUUCUGUAAUGAAAAUUUACUUAAAACUGAUCGUCCGGUAAAAAUUUGCAUAAUUAUUAUAAAAUAAAACUCAUGUACCGAAAUAUCGGUCAUUUCUAUAGAUUACCGAAAUUUCUCGUCAAAAAUAUUACCGAACAAAGGAAUUAAAUCUUAGUGUGUAGUUGCUGUGUCAUAAAAAUAUGUAGAAGAAGAAUCAUCGGUCGUGCUGUAACCUGGACAAAAUUUGUAUAGAUAAGGCUGCCCGGAAGCUUCUUCUAGGCCCUACACUUCCGGGUUAUACCCGUGCUGAUGUAGCAGCCCUGAUCUGUUUGGGAAAAGAAUCAGAAAUGCAAUUAUCAAAUCAUCCGAUUAGAAUAAUACAAUAAAUCAACGUUAAGAAAAUGCAUCUCGUCUCCUCUAAUAAUCAAAAAUUGAAAGUGACGGUAGGGAACUUAUUUCAGGACGCCACAAUAAACCGGUCAUACGACUGCAUCUAUUUGGCCUACGCACACGUCGAAGAAUGCCAAACCUUUCGAUCAGUCUGCGUCGUUCGUUUCUUAUCAAUCGAUUGAGCCCCUUGCAUGAUUGAUCUAGAAAAAAAAUAUACCAUUCUUUUCGGUUGCCUAACCGGUUGGGCAUUGUUCGAACCAAGGGCCAAACAGAUGAGUACAGUAGAACGAGUUCAAAUUAUGUUUCUUUUACUCAGCGCUGGGAGCUUAGGAUACGAACAAAUAUCAAACAAAUAAAUCUAGCAUUGUUCAAUAUUAUAGCAUAAUGUUAUCAUUAGGAGAGAAAAAAAAACAACGUAAGUGUUUGAAGCAAAAGAAUAUCAUAUUUACAGAUAGUAAACGCUUUGAAGAGAAUAUAAAUGCAGACAUGAUUGUUGACAAUUUACAAGGUACUACCACAAAUAUCAUUACAGUGAAACAAUGACGAAAGCGCAACAAUUUGGAAAGAUUGUCCCAACUUAUCUAAAGAAGAACAUGUACAUACUACAAACCAUAGCGUUGGAUUGUAAAUUUAGCGAAUUGAGUUAAUAAAGUUUCUCGAUGAUUGAAGCAAUCAGACAA